GCUGAGCCUCUCUUGUUUCUUUUGAGACCUCUCGUGGCACUGUGUGAGUGAGCAGAAUGGCUCAAUUCCUUUCUUUUACGCUCGUUAUUGCAAGUUUGUUUCAUGUUGCUUGUGGAUAUGUUGACUUUGGCGAUGCUACACUUCCCUUCGAACCAAUCCUCAUCCCUACCCCAAGGCCGAACCAGUUGCCGCACGACUACGAUCUUCGCUAUGAAAUUCUCCCUUCGAUGAUCACUGCAGUUGCACCAUCGAUCACUCUUGCACCAAAUGGAACCAGGGAGACAAUCUACAGCCUCCACUAUCACCACUAUUUCACGAAAACACGGCAAGGCCGGGGACUCUUUAAGCGAGGGGUAUUUGCGGAUGAUCCGCCAAUUUCGACAUGUACACCCUGUGGAGGAGCAGCCACAUCCAGUAGCACCUCUAGAACAAGUACCUCGACAGUAUCAUGCCCGACUCAUACCUACGAUGGAGUUUUUCGAUCUCCCGAUCCUGCAGCUACGACCUCUUAUUGCUACAAUUCCGACUAUUCUGGCGUUUUCGAGCCGACCAGCACCCUUGUGAAUACUCUGCCAUGUUGUUUCACCAUUCCAGAAUCCUGCCUAGCAAAUCGGACGACUUCCACUUCCUUCACACCCAGCAGUGGUGUAUUCCGACCAACAUCUACCUCUAGUAUUGUUAACACGACAUCUACGAAGGCAACUACUACGUCGAGAUUCAGCCUGACUACUCCUACGAGCACGUCUGCCAGUUCAUUGUCAGGUAGUCCAGUCCUAAACAGCGGAAGUUUGUCAACCAGAUUGUCGUCUUCCCUGAUGACGCCAACGACAACCGGUGGCUCGACUGUCAGGUCAUCGAUCACGAGCGUGCAGUAUGGUUCUAGUCCUUCCAGUUCAGUCUCGACUUCGUCCACGAGCUAUUCGAUUAUUGUCAUUUCCAGUACGACAAUUACAUUGACAAGGCCGAGCGGCACGGGCUCGACAACUCGUGGUGCGACGCUCACGAUCAUCACCGCCACGCCGACACUUACUACUACAUCUUCAUCAUUGGGCUCCCACAUCACAACGGUCGUGUCGAAUACCAUUGAUGGUUGUGGAACGGCGUCCGGGAGUGGAAUCGCUGCUGGUACGGGAACUAUAUACACCAAUGGUCUAUCCAUCGUCACCUCCGGCACCGCGUCUGGCUCCGCAUCAAGUGUCGUCGGCUGUGGAUACAUCAUCGCCACGACUGGCACUUUCAUUGGCAGUGCUGUUAUAACUGGAUGCGGCUUCGGCUCCGGCUCGGGUACUCUCACAGGCUCGGGCACCAUCUGGCCCGCAGCGGGCAUGGGUAUGAUGUCCAUCGUAUCAUCGGGCAUUGUCUCGGGAAGUGGAAGUUUCCAGGGUUGUGGGACUUUGACUGGCUCCGGCGUCUUCACCGCAACAGGCGGGUAUACGACCACGAUCCUCGCGCCUGCAACCACUACAUCUUCUCCGUCCAGCCGGCCCACAAAGACAGUGAGCGUGUUCGUAUCGUACUGUGCGACAGAUUUGGCCGGCAGCGGUGGUGGGAGUGGCGAUGUGAUCAACAACAUCUUCGGUAACAAUAACACCUUGAUCUCACCUAUCCUCGCCGGUGCCAAUGGCACUGGCACCACCAACAGUAGUUUGUCAGGUGGUGGUGGGGGUGGGAGUGCGAACGAUACGAUAUUGCGUGUACAUGGUUCGGCCGGCAAUGCACUGUGCAACACUUGCCCCAAUAGUGUGGGCAUAUGCUGCCCGCCGACGGUCGAAUGCGACGAUGACGACGGCAAGUGUCCGGCGCCGGCGCUCGAAAUGUCGGGCAACACGAUCAAUGGGUAUCUGAUUGCGCAGGUGAUGAAUAGUACCGCGCCCGUGGAGGGGAAGAGGAGGGUCCGGGCCCGGGUCAGGGUGAAGACGAGGGAGGAGAAGGCCUUGGAGAAAGAGAGGGAUAGUAUAGGGUUGAGGGAGGAGGUGGCAGGGAGGCAUGGGCAUGGGCACCAGGGCCAGAAGAAGAAGAAGGGGACGAGGCGUGCACAUCGGAAGCAGUUCUAG